AUGACGAUGCACAAACUCUGCAAACUUGGCCUACUCUUCCACUUCGUGCUGCCUCUCAUCGACCACCUCGUCACAUGUAACCACGGCGCCUCGUCCCUCUCCUCCUCCUCCUCCCCCUCCUCCUCCUCGUCGCUGGCGCUCACCUGGCCGCCCGUGGAGACGCAGCGCCGCCGCCACCGCCGCCGCUGCGUCUCUUUCAGCCGCUACGGAGACGCGGAGGAGGCGGUGGGGGGGGGGCGGUCGGAGGCCGGAGAGGAGGGGAGGGAGCACGAGGGGAAGGAGGAGGGUGGCUUCUGCUACGCGGCGUGGCGCAACGUGUCGGGCGACAUCUUGCUGGAGCGCCAGGGCUGCUGGGUGCACGACUGCCGUGGGAGGAGCGAGUGCGUGGAGUCGAGCAGCAACCCCUUUGUCUACUUCUGCUGCUGUGACAGGGACCUCUGUAACGUCGCCUUCGCCCGACGGCCCCGGCCACACGAGGUCACUCAGCAGCCUACGCCGGUGGCCAGGCCGGUGCCCACGCCGGUGACCUUGCUGUCCGUCACGACGCCGCUGCUUCUGCUGCUGCUGCCGCUCUCCGUGUGGACGUACCGGCGAUGCCGCAAGCUGACGCAUGCCACAACGCCUCCGCAGGAGGCGGUGAGCCUGACGGCGCUGCUGCCGCCGCUGCUGUUGCUGGACUUACGAGCCGGCGGUCGCUUCGGCUGCGUCUGGCGCGCUCAGCUCCUGUCCGAAGUCGUCGCGGUGAAGAUUGUCCAGACCGUGAACCAACGGCUGUGGCAGAACGAGGUGGACAUUUUCGUCACGCCCGGCCUGAGUCACCACAACCUGCUGCAAUUCAUCGGCGCGGAGAAGCGGGAAGGGCCCGAGAUGUGGAUCAUCACCGCCUUCCACGAGCGGGGCUCGCUGUGCGACCACCUCAAGCGCUCCACGCUGUCGUGGCACGAGCUCUGCCACGUGGGCGAGACGUUGGCACGCGGCCUCGCCCACCUCCACCGUCACGUGCACGGAGGCAAGCCGGCCAUCGCCCACCGCGACUUGAAGAGUAAGAACGUGCUGCUGAGGAGCGACCUGUCGGCCGUCGUCGCCGACUUUGGCCUGGCGCUCAAACUCCAGCCGGAUUGCCCACCCGGUUGCACCCCGCCGCAGGUCGGCACUCUCCGCUACAUGGCCCCCGAGCUGCUGGAGGGCGCCAUCUGCUUGCAGUCCGACGCCUUCCUUCACAUCGACGUCUACGCGCUGGGCCUGGUGCUGUGGGAGAUCGCUACGCGCUGCACGUCCAGUGGCGGCAUGCUGGGUGAGCACCGCGCUCCCUUGGUGGACGAGGUGGGUGAGCGCCCCACGCUGGAUGAGCUCCGGCACUUCGUGGUGGACGGCAAUGGCCGCCCAGCGAUCCGGGAGGCCUGGCUCAAGCACCCAGGGACUGUCCAGCUGUGUGUCACCAUGGAGGAGUGCUGGGACCAGGAUGCGGAGGCUCGCCUCUCGGCGCACUGCGUGGAGGAGCGUCUGGCGCAGCUGCGGACCGACCCGGGGCUGCCUGGUGGCAGCGGUGGUGGUGGUGGUGGCAGCGGUGGCACCACAGCAUCAUCACCGCCUCUCCACCCCACCACCACCACCGCCAGGCCCCUCCGCUCCGACCCCAUCGUCCUUCUCUCCAACGCGACACCCCGUCACUCGUCGUCGCCCCCAUCGAGGAGUCAAGCCUCUAGGCCGGGGGGGCGCG